UGACUCGUAUUGGGGGGGAGUAUUUUCAUUUGGGGGAUGUACUCAUAUUAGGGGAUGUCAUUUGCACUUCGGGGCCGCCGUAGUGUUCCCCUUUCUGUAAUGCAGGUUAAUUAAUGACAGCAUCUGAGAAGAAAUUAUAGUUUCUUUCCACCGUAAAUGUUAAGGCAAUAUGACCUAGAUAGUGUCACGAAGAGGCAUACAUGUAACAUUAAAAACAUUACGUUCACAUUACGAAGCCCAUGUAAAAUAUUAGUUGACAAUUGAUUCAAUAUCCGUCCUAUUCUGUGACGUCACGGCUGCCUGUCGGAUUUGAAGAUGUGUGUUCCAUUUCAAAACACUGUGUCCUAACAUGUGUCCUUGUAGCCUGACAUGCACUUUGUUCACUCGCAGAUAGCAGGUGACUGUCAUGAUUUGGACUAGAUAUUUCCAACUCCUGCUGAGUUGGUUAACCGUUUCCAUUCGUAUCAGAUCUGUGAAUAUGAGAGAGUGAGUGGGAAUGGGAGGAGACAACUGUGGAAGGAAUGCACCCUUGGACAACCUGUAGCCGCAGGUAACAACCUACACGGGAAGACAAGAGACUUGGAGAAAACGCAACACUGGGAUUUACCGACAUGUUUUUAGACUCAAUUGACUGUAACUGGUCUAGUGAACACUUUUGUUGAACGCCUCCUAACUUUUCCGCCGGCUGGCAGUUGUAAAUUAGCUCCAUCUUGUUUGGAUUGAGAUUUUACAAACUCGAUCGAAGAAGCAAGUUUUCUCUUGGACUUCCGUCAUUUUAACAGAAAUCCAAACGAUUUCCUCAUAUGCGACUCACUGCAAACUACCGGAGUUGAGUUUUCACGUCAACAUGUCAGUCUCAUUCAGUUGUGGUCUGUGAAAAAUGUUCGUUUCUUGGAAGACGCCUUGAUGGAUUGUGUCAAAAUAUUGUAUCAAAAAGGUUGUCAGACGUCAUGUGGGCAAGGUCCGAUUGUUUUCAUUCGAAAACUUCGACAGGUCCCAACCGCGGUUAAGCCAUGCCUGGUGCUCCUCAGCCGUCGCGCCACAGCAAGCAGUCCGCUGCCAAGGGCGACGGGUACAGACAGGGCCGCACCAUCUCUAGGGACAGCAGCACCAGCCAAGACUCCUACAACAAGGACCCCUACGCGGCGGAACACGCGCGCGAUCACCACCACGCCGACCGAUACCGCCACCCCGAGGCCCAGCCCGGUCGCAGGGGCGCCCACCGUCAGGCAAACGGCCGGGGGUCAGAGACUCUGGGCUUCAUCCCCGGGUCUGCAGAUGCGCCCCAGGGUCGGCAGGCCUGCGGCUCCUGCACCUCAAUGGGCUGGAGCGGCUGCAAGGCCCUCAUCUGCUGCGUCCUCACCUGCGGCUUCUACGGCAGCCGCGAGCCCUGCCUGCCGGUGAACGAGAGCUCCACGGACCACGCCAACAAGGCUGACCCGGAGACCCGAGCCCUCAACGGCCUGGCCCUGUCCAACCCCACGUGCGGCAUCCCUCUGGAGGCAGCCAGCCAGCCUGCCAAGCCCUCCAAGCUGCCCACCAGCGACAGCUUCCGCUACCCGGACGUCCGCAUCGGCGGCCAGACCGUGGUGUACCCCAGCCACUCGUCGUCCGCCCCGAAACGCACCCGGACGGGGGGCAAGGGCGACAGCCAGCGCCCCAUCAGCAACACCAGCCUGUACUCCCGGGACGAGCUGGACCUGGAUGACCUCAGCGACACGGGCACGGACAUCGACUCCCUCAUCACCAAGAAGCUCCUCGAGCUGUACGCCCUGCACCAGAUCGACCAGCUGGCCAAGUGCACGUCGGACUCGUCCUUCUCCCGCAAGACCAACGAGAUCAGCGAGCUCAUAUACAGCAUCGCCCACGACUACAACCUGGAGGAGCAGGAGGCCGAGUGUCGGCUGGUGCACGGGGUGAUCCGCAUCAGCACGCGCAAGGGCAAGAGGAGCCGGGGCGCCCCCCAGGAGCCGCCGCCGCCGCCCAGGGCCAACGGGCGCAGCGACGGGACGCUCCCCGAUAGCGGCAACGCCACCAUGACCUACACCACCAGCACCUUCAGCGACAUGGAGCCGGAGGUGAAAGUGUCUGAGCGCACGCCGUCCGACGAGCUGGCCAGGAACAUGCGACACUACAGCGGAAGACUGAACACGUCCAGCUCCACGUUCUCCCCCUAUCGCCACGACAGCGAGGCCGACUCCUCGGGGGCACCCCUGAUCCACGUCCUCUGAGCGCCAGCCUCGCUACAAACACGGAGGGGAACGUUCGUCUUACAGCGUCGCCCGGGCAGGGUGACCGGGAGAGGGAGGGAGGGUGGGGGAGGGGGGUUGCAAUCUGUCCGAUCGCCACUUUUUUACCCGUCCCACGCGGUCCCGACGUUUCUGUUGAAAGCGUCUCCGUGGUAACAGGGCCUGGCUGAUUCCGCCCACAUCUGUCCUGCUGAAGGGGGGGGUGAUGUCACUGUGUCCUUCAGGAUUCCACAGCCAUCUGUAGCCUGGGCCAGGCCUGCAAUGCUGCAGAGAGAGGGGUAGGAUUGUAACGUGUUUAGCUUUGGUGCUGCUGGUACCACUUGUUUGGUUCAAAGUGGACAACCCAAGUGGGGCACAGCAACAGGAGAAAACAUCUUGUAUGUUUGUUUAGUUAUUUUUUUUACUGGUGAAAAGCCAUGAAUGUUGUUUAUAGAUAUUUGCAUGCUAUUUCGCAGGUAGCUUAUUUUUUGUUCUGUUUAUUACUUGCGAUGCUAUCCGACCUAUCACUCCAUGCCAUUACAGAGUCUUUCUGCCAUUUGAACUUGGUCCAAGAAUGGGGAGAGACGUGUUUGUAUGUAUGUGUGUGUGUGUGUGUGUGUGUGCGCCUGCAUGUAUGUAUUUCCACGUGCUUGUUUGAUUGUAUUCAUUUCCCAGUGUCAGAUUAGGUAUUUUAAAUCCUUUAGUAGAAUUUGUAAAAAAAAUUUUGGGGUUGUUUAACUAUCCGGGACAUUUGGGUCUUGUAUUAUUAUUUUUUGGGAAAAUGCUAUGCAAUUAUUUUUUACCAAAAUAAAAGAUGAAUAUUAUCCCCAA